AUUACUUAACCUCUGGUCAUGAACUAUAUGCGGGAUUUGGAAUAGAUUUUUCUACUUCUGCCUCACAUGUUUCACUAUCCUGUGAUGAUCAAGAGGAAUUCACUAAAAAUAUGAAUAUUACCCACUUUGGUGAAGAUGCUUGGAAUAAAGUUUAUCAAGCUUGGUUAGCUCGUCAUUGCAAUAUUCUUCUUAAGCUAUUCACCGGGUGCCUUCCUAAUUUAUCUGAACAAGCAAAAAAUGGAUUAUUUGACACAUUUUCAAGAUGUGAUGCAUUUGGAGUAUUAGAACACAAUGCACUAUUGGAUGUGCUAACUCAUCCUGUAGAAGGUUUAAGUCUUUCAAGAUAUUAUCAGCUUGGAUUUGUUUAG